AUGAACUGCUUCAUGCUCAUAAUAUGGGUUCUCUCCACGCUGGUAGAUGCCUCUACCGACAGUGGCGAGACCAUCAACAUCACCACCACCACCAUCAACGACACCACUCAGGCCCCAACAGUGUCACUGCCUGACAACCUCUUAGCGAGCUUCAGCCCCAUGCUGGACAUGUACGUUCCACCGGCCGUCAGAGAUUUCCUACUGUCCUGUCACCGAGCAAUCACCAGCUGGCUCGGCUUCGAUCCCACAAUCCUCCUUUCUCUGGGUCCUAUCGUAUGGGCCGCCAAAAGGCUCUGGUCCGAGGUGAAAGUGCUCGUGAUCGAGGACAUCAUCUGCAACUGGUUCACCGCCCGAGUCGAGGUCGGCGACGACGACCCGAUCUUCAUCCACAUCAUGCGUUGGGUCGCCGUCCAGCCCAACUCAGCCAAAACACGCUUCCUUCAAGCCGACACCAUAGCCGGCAGCGCCGACGACCAUGACGAGGACGACGAAGCCGGAGCUGUAGCCGCUGCUGGAGCUGCCGCUGUGAUCAAAACCGCUACCACCACCACCGGUACUACUACUACCGUAGUCACCAGCACCUCCACCUCCACCACCAGCACCAGCACUACUGCCGCUACCACCACAGACCCUUCUUCCAACACCAGCAUCACCACCAAAAACAAGAAGAAAAAACAACAAGCCCCCACCAUCCUCCCCAACGGCGAAGCCUGCCUCAACUUCUCCACCCACAAGCACCAAAAACCCCCCCGCUUCCUCCCCGCCGUCAACGUGCCCUACACCUUCACCUUCGCCGGCACCUACUUCUGGCUCAACCGGACGCGCUCCAACAUCGCGCACCAGUCCGAGUGGCGGGGGCUCUCGAUGCGGCGCGAAGAGAACCUCGUCAUCACCGCCGUCGGCUUUUCGGCCUCCCCCAUCAAGAACUUUAUCCAGUUCACCAAGGAAUGGAACCACAACCGCCAAGCAGCGACCACGGUGGUGCGGAGGCCGGCCAGGCCCGAGAUGAGGAGCUGGGGUGGCAGACAUGUCUGGGCGGAGGUGGCGGAUCGGCCCAUCAGGCCGAUGGAUACGGUCGUGUUGGACGAAAAGCAGAAGUUGAUGGUGUUGCAGGAUAUGAAUGAGUAUUUGCAUCGGGAGACGGCGCAGUGGUAUGGCGAGCGGGGGAUUCCGUUGCGCAGGGGGUAUUUGUUUCAUGGCCCGCCGGGGACGGGGAAGACGAGUUUGAGUUUUGCGCUGGCGGGGGUUUUUGGACUGGAUAUCUUUGUGAUUUCGUUGCUGGAUCAGAAUCUGACGGAGGACGAUCUGGCGAUGUUGUUUACUAAUUUGCCGAGGAGGUGUGUGGUGCUGUUGGAGGAUAUUGAUACGGCGGGGCUGGUGAAUAGGAGGGAGGAGGAUGAGAGUGAAAGUAGUGAGAGUAGUAGUAGUAGUGGUGGUGAGGGGAGUGGGACGAGUGAUAGUGAGGAUGAUUAUUUGGAGAGUGCGAAGAAGAGGGCGCUGGAGGUGAUGUUUUUGGGGGAGAAGUUGUCGAGGAAGAAGAGGAAGGGGAGGGGAAAGGAGGCGACGGCGGAGCAGGAGGCUCUUGAGAAGGAAAUGGCGGAGAAGGUGGCUGGCUUUAAGGAGAUGCUUAAAGAGGGUAGUGAUGAGGAAAAGGCAGAUGAGAAGGCUAGUGACGAAAAGGAUUCCACUCCUGAAAAGAAAGAACAGAAGCCUGCUGCCCCUGAGGGCGAGGAGAAGCCCACUUCCUCUGCAGAUGAUGCCGGUGAAAACGGUGAGAAAACGACGAAACACGAAUCUAGCAGCACCACCGACAAGAAGAAGAAGAAGCCCAUGACGGCCAAAGAGAAGAAGGACAAGAAGAAGCAGAAGAAAAAAAAGAGGGCGAAGAUGUUCGCUGCCACGACGCUUCAUAACGUGGAGUUCGUCCGGAGACAGUACGGUCGCAGACGGCCGUCCCCGUACGACCGGGAACGGGGCAUUUCGCUAUCGGGUCUGCUCAACGCCAUCGACGGCGUCGCCUCGCACGAAGGCCGCGUGCUCAUCAUGACGACCAACAAGCCCGAGAAGCUAGACGAAGCACUACUCCGACCGGGCAGAGUUGACAUCCAGAUUGCCUUCCUCAACGCCACGCAGGAGCAAGUCAGGGAGUUGUUUGAGAGGAUGUACGAGGCUGAUGUGGUGGACCCAGCGACGGUGACUUUCACCAAGGUUGGGAAUAAACUCACAGCUAGCACCACAUCGGCAGCUACUACAUCGCCUUCAGUCGUUCAUUCCCCUCUUACGGGGAUCACCUCUCCUGGUGGUACCGGCACCGGCACCGGCACCGGCACUGCUGCUGCUGAGAAGGACGAAGAAAAACAACAACAGCCCGCCAUAGACCCCAAAAUCGUCGACCUCAAGCUCCUCGACGACAACAACCUCCACAAGUCCUCCGUCAGCAGUUGCUCUAGUGACGCAACCGUCAUCGGCGAGGAGGAUAACGCCGCUUCUUCUGCUUCUCCUCCUCCCAACACCCAUACCACCACCACCGAUACCAACACCACCACCGCAGCAGCAGCCGAAGACAAGCAGAAACAGCAACAACCAGAAAAAGACAAGAAAGAAGGUCCCGUCCCUCUCCACGUCACCCCCCUAACCAGGGAAGAACUCCAAAAGAUCGCCAAGGAGUUUUCCCUGAAAAUCCCGCCGACCCAGAUCCUCAGUCCGGCGGAGAUCCAGGGCUUCCUGUUAAGACGCAAGAAGGACCCCAGAAGGGCGUUGGCGGAGGUGGAUAAGUGGGUGGAGGAGCUGGUGAAGGCGAAGGAGAGUAAGAGCAAGAUUUUGGAUGCUAAGGCUAUUUGA